AUGUCGUCUGGGCAUAAUGAUCCGAAGCUCCUCUACGCUGUAGAGGGCAUCAAUGCCUAUCACAUCAACAAUGGCAAAGAGAAGUCUCUUACUCCUUCGGGGCCCCAGACCCUUUCGCUUCUCAUGGUCCCGACCUCGUCAGGCUUUGUUGAGCCCUCAGGAAGUGGCUCUGAUGGCGAGGAGGACUUCUACCUUCACCUACACCUACCUCCUGAGCUCGAUCUCCCUCUGCCUGCUACGACCCAGAUCUACCAUCAGCCGCCUACAAGCUAUUUGAUCCCUCGCUGGGAUCUUGGUCCCGACAGUGGUGCCUUUACCCGCAUCGAAUUCCCUCCCGCCAACUCUCGACCAGGUGUCCAGGAAGAUGUUGAUACUUUCGAAACUAUCCUCGCACAAUGCACUGCAUUCCUCGAACGAGCAUCUCCCCCUCAACCGCCGCGGCCCUCCGAGAAAGCCAAAGCCAAAGCACGCGAAGCGGCUGAUGAGCAGCUCCCCGCUUAUAACCCAGCUGACUACAACCCUGGAGAAGGCUAUGUUCAGGGCAGCCAUAGUUUGAACAACGGAGGCCGAAUCGUGCUCAUCGAUGAGGAGGAUGGCAGUGUUCUCGGAGAGUUAACCGACAGCUACCAAGUGGUGGAAGACAGCAAGAUCAAACACGGUUCCAAGGAACCCGUUGAAAUUACGCUUCCCAGCGAUGGUGGCCAGAAUAUUUCUGUGCAGCCUCUCUCACAGCCAUGGUCUGAGAUGGAUAUGCACCCUGCCUAUAAGAAGUCGACUAUCGUGAGCAGUGCGAGCAAAGCGUCUCGUCUCAUCGUUACUACAUCUGAUGUUGUGUCAAGGACACUUCAGAGUCAAGCCGAUAACUUCACCAAGAGUACCAAACCUCUCGCCAAGCCUGUCACGUUCGCCCCUUCUACACACGACAACGUUCGCCGGAUCAACACAUUCUCAACCAGAGCAGCUACCUUCUCAGCCACCACUGUCGGAACUAUUGGCAACUUGGCACAAAACCUGGGUGCAACUGUCACCCGUCGCAAAGAUGGACGCGCCAGAGGCUUUGAUAAGGACGGCCAGGCGAUCGAAACUUACAAGCCAGGUAUGCUCAACAAGAGCUUGAUGGCCUUCAAUACUGUUGUCGAUGGUAUUGAACAAGCCAGUCGUAAUCUGCUUACUGGCACGUCAUCUAGUGUGACAACGGUUGUUGGCCAUCGCUGGGGCCCUGAGGCCGGUGAAAUGUCGCGCAAUCUGGGUGGUGGUGUGAAGAACGUGGGACUGGUCUACAUUGAUGUGACCGGUGUCUCUCGACGUGCCAUUCUCAAGAGUGUUGCAAAGGGUAUGGUAGUCGGUAAGGUCAAGGGCGGCGGCGAGAUCAUCGUGGGAGGCACUGAUAGUAAUGCGGGUUUUGAGACGAGGGAAGACAAUGGCCAGGAAUCGAAAAACACAUACGGUGAUGCCGCGAGUGUCGCCAGUGGCUAUGAAGGCAAUGGCAAGAAACCAGCCAAAGGACACUACUAA